AUUUUCUUUAUUUGCUUUCCAUACCAAUGCAUUCAACUUUGGUCAAGAACCAUGGUUGUACUUCUCGACCCAUUGAUCCUCACUUUGACACAAUAGACAAAUACGAUAUAGACUAUAUACAGAAAACAGUAUAUGAAUUGGCUUCACAAAAGGACGACUCACUGGCAACUGCGGUCAAUGAAGCUUUGGAAGUAAUUGAAGAAGCAUAUCGACUUUAUGGACUUGAUGGUAUUGCUCUUUCUUUUAAUGGUGGUAAAGAUUGUACUGUAUUACUUCACUUGGUUGUGGCGGUAUUAUCUCGUAUGGGACAUAAAAAGGAUGAAUUAUUACGUACAGUGUUUGUGACGUAUCCCAAUGCAUUUCCUCAUGUGGAUGCUUUUGUUAAUAUUUGUAUUAAACGAUAUCAUUUGGACUGUGUACCUAUUGCUGGACCUAUGCGACAAGCUUUACAACAAUAUUUGGAUAUCACUCAACCAAGACCAAAGGCUAUUUUUGUGGGCAUACGACGACAUGAUCCUUAUGCUGAAAAUUUGACUCACUUUGACAUGACAGACAAGGGCUGGCCUGAGUUUAUUCGUGUCCACCCUAUUAUUGAUUGGUCUUAUAAAAAUAUCUGGGACUUUUUGAUCAAGUUAAGGAUACCAUAUUGCUCUUUAUAUGAUGAAGGAUAUACUUCGCUCGGAAGCAUGGAAAAUACCCACCCAAAUCCCGAUUUGGAAACUGAUCAUGGUCAUUAUCAACCUGCCUUUAUGCUCAAGAACGAAUUACAUGAACGAUGCGGUAGAAUUGGUUCCUCAAAGAAAUAGAUAGAUUAAAAUGUAUACAUUAAUAAAUACAUAAGCUGUUUUUUGAUACAAAA